AUGCCUCUAUUCGUGCUUGCCGAGACGCCUGCGGGCUACGGCCUGUUUAAGGCCAAGGACAAGAAGCUGCUGUCGCGCGAUGACAUCUCCAAGCAGUUGAACAGCGCCGAGGCGAUCAACUCGAUGCUCUCGUUGAAGAAGAUGGUCAAGUUCGAGGACUCGGCCCAGGCGCUCGGCGAAUACACGUCCCUCACCGAGGGCAAGGUCACCCCCAUGCUCCAGAGCCUCCUCGACGAUAUCAAGGAAGAGAGAAAGGCAUCCCUGGCUGUCGCCGACCCCAAGCUCGGUGCUGCGAUCAACAUUCUACCCGAGCUACAGAUCUCUCCCGUCUCCGACUCGAGCACGAACGAGCUUUUCCGAGCAGUGAAGACCUACCUUCCUGAGCUGUUUCCAGAGCUGGAGAAGGAUUUCUUGGGCAACAUGGCUCUGGCGCUGUCCCACUCCAUCUCACGCCACAAGCUCAAGUUCUCCCCAGACAAGGUCGAUGUCAUGAUUGUACAGGCCAUCAAGCUUCUGGACGACCUGGACAAGGAACUGAACAACUACGCAAUGAGGGUCAAGGAGUGGUACGGAUGGCACUUUCCUGAGAUGGACCGAAUCGUCAACGACAACCUCGCAUACGCUCGCAUCAUCAUGACCAUGGGCAUGCGAGAGAACGCCGCCAACACCGACCUCUCUGAGAUUCUUCCUGAGGAUAUUGAGACCCGUCUUAAGGCAGGCGCCGAAGUCAGCAUGGGUACCGAAAUUGGGGAGUUCGACCUCGACAACAUCAAGAUGCUGGCUGAGCAGGUUAUUAGCUUCACCGAAUACCGCCAGCAGCUCUCCCAGUACCUGUCAUCUCGGAUGAAAGCCAUUGCCCCCAACUUGACCGAGGUCAUUGGCGAGCUGGUCGGUGCUCGUCUCAUUGCUCACAGCGGAUCUCUCAUGAAGCUCGCCAAGAGUCCUGGUAGCACCAUCCAGAUCUUGGGUGCUGAGAAGGCACUGUUCCGAGCCUUGAAGACAAAGCACGAUACACCCAAGUAUGGUCUGAUCUAUCAUUCGUCCCUUGUGGGACAGGCGACCGGCAAGAAUAAGGGCAAGAUCGCUCGUAUGCUGUCAGCUAAGGCUGCCCUGUGCAUUCGUGUGGACGCCCUCUCAGAACUCAGUACCGAAGGCAUCGAUGGGGUUGAUAUAAAUAUGGACGACGACGAGAGAGCCGAAAUGGGCAUUCGGUACCGAGCGAACCUGGAGGACAAACUGCGCAAACUGGAGGGAAGACCAAUGCUGUCCAAGGGGACCAAGAUUGGUCCAAAUGGUGCCACCCCUGCCAAGUUUGAGAUCAAGCCGUCCCGCAAUUACAAUGCCGAUGCGGACGCUCCCGCCACAGCCACCGAGACACCAUCGAAGCCCCUGAUACAAGAGGUUGAAGAUACACCGAUGGGAGACGACGACAGCGAAGAUUAUGGAUCAGAGGAGGAGGGAUCAGACGCCGAGAUGAACGGCACAGAGAAUGGUAAAGUCUCCUCCUUUCCGCCUCGGUCUCCGACCAUCUCCACCGCGUCAGACGAUACCGAGUCUGUUCCUUCACCUCCCCGGGAGCAGUGGCAAUCUUCCAUUGAAGGUGCUACUCGAGAAGCGAAGAAAGCACGCAAGAAGGAGAGGCACCAACGCAAUCUCGCAUUAGCUGACGAACGAGCAGCAAAGCGGAAGGGGAAGAAAGAAAAGGAGGCACGGAGGACAGCGCGUGAAGAGAAGCGAUGGGCCAAGAAGGAGCAAGAGAAGCGGAGAGCAUCUGCUGGAGAAGCUGCUUCAGCGCCGAUAACACCUGUGACGCCUGGCAGCAAACUGUCCGAGGCAGACUAUGCCCGACUGGCAGAUGAAGCUGGCAUCUCUGUCAAGAAGUUCAUGCGGAAGUUUGAGCGUGGUGACGUCAAGCUGAACACUGAUGGUACGCCGCAAGUCAUCAGCAAGAAGGACAAGAAGAAGGCGGCCAAGGAAGAAGCCAAGGCUGCUGCCGGCGAGGAUGCGUCGUCCAGCAAGAAGCGGAAGCUUGCAGAUGAUGAUACAGAGAAGAAGAGUAAGAAGAAGUCCAAGAAGGAGAAGUCUUCGUAG